GUCUGUGACCGGCUAGUAGGAAGUGGCGCUUCCGGGAGUGGAGAUGGCUGCGCUGGCCCCGCUGCCGCCGCUGCCCGCGCAGUUUAAGAGCAUACAGCACCAUUUGAGAACGGCGCAGGAGCAUGACAAGCGUGAUCCUGUGGUGGCCUACUACUGUCGUUUAUAUGCUAUGCAAACUGGAAUGAAGAUUGAUAGUAAAACUCCUGAAUGUCGUAAAUUUUUAUCAAAGCUAAUGGAUCAGUUAGAAGCUCUUAAGAAACAGUUGGGGGAUAAUGAAGCUGUUACUCAAGAAAUCGUUGGUUGUGCCCAUUUGGAAAAUUAUGCUUUGAAAAUGUUCCUGUACGCAGACAACGAAGACCGAGCUGGACGAUUUCACAAAAACAUGAUCAAGUCCUUCUACACUGCCAGCCUUUUAAUAGAUGUCAUCACAGUGUUUGGCGAACUCACAGAUGAAAAUGUGAAACAUAGAAAGUAUGCAAGGUGGAAGGCAACAUAUAUUCAUAACUGCUUAAAGAAUGGGGAGACUCCUCAAGCAGGCCCUGUUGGAAUAGAGGAAGAUAACGAUGUUGAAGAAAAUGAAGAUGUUGGUGCAACCUCUCUGCCCACUCAACCACCUCAGCCAUCAUCAUCCUCAACGUACGACCCAAGCAACUUGGCAGCAGGCAGCUACAGUGGGAUACAGAUCCCUCCGGGUGCACAUGCUCCAGCCAAUACCCCUGCAGAAGUGCCGCACAGCACAGGUGUAACAAGUAAUGCUGUCCAGCCUAGUCCACAGACUGUCCCAGCCAUUCCCGCCAUUGAUCCUGACCUGUACACAGCUUCCCAGGGGGAUGUCCGCCUGACCCCAGAGGACUUUGCUCGGGCUCAGAAGUACUGCAAGUACGCUGGCAGUGCCCUGCAGUAUGAAGACGUGGGCACCGCGGUGCAGAACCUGCAGAAGGCCCUCAGGCUGCUGACAACGGGCAGGGAAUGAAGCUCUGCUCACGGACCCCAUGCGUUUUCUGCAUAGAGAACUAACAUUCAUUACACUUUCCUCAGCCUUUCAGGAGCAUGGUUUUACAGAAGACCUCAGUUCCCCGAGUAAGACAGUGGCUCCUGUGUGUGUCGUCAGCUGCCUCAGCCAGUUGUCAUUGAGCGUGUAGAGCUGAUGUUAGCAUCAAACCCCGCUAUGGAAUGUCCCUGUAGAAAAUCCUGGUGGGUAUAGUAUGCUUUCUUAAUGUAUACACACUAAAGGAAGUUUUUGAAAAAUCUGUAAUAUCUGGAGAAGCAAACCAAACAUUAUGUUGCUUUAAUAUUCUAAAUUAAACUUUUAAUAAAGAUUACCAGAAUGUUCUA